GUGACAGCUGUCUGAACCAAUAGACAUGUCGCCCGCGGCCUAUAAGAGUCCGCUGGGCGCUGGGCUACCGGCUCUAGGGUCGGUUGGUCGUCGCCGUCGGAGGUGUGCCCUGGGUUUGCCUCGCCGUCGCUGCCUCCCAGUCCCUGCAGCCGCGCCCCUCGCCUUGGCCCCGGCCCGGCCGCUCUCCCUGCCCUUCUCCCCUUAGCCACCCCCCGGUUUCUGCCGUCGGGGCCCGGGGCCGGGCUAAUGAUGCCGUCGGAGAGUGGAGCUGAGAGCCCGGACCAGGCAGCUGCGCAGGUGGGGACGGCUGCGGCCUCGGAGGUGGCCACGGCCGCCCCGGCAGGCGGCGGCCCCGACCCGAAGGCCUCAUCGGCCUCCCUCGGACGGCACCUAAGUGGGCUAGGCUGGCCACAGGUGAAGCGACUGGAUGCGCUCCUGAGCGAACCGAUUCCCAUUCACGGGCGCGGCAACUUCCCUACUCUGAGCGUGCAGCCCCGGCAGAUUGUGCAGGUGGUCCGCAGCAGCCUAGAGGAACGGGGACUGCGCGUGCACGGUGUGCGAUUGCACGGCUCGGCUGCCAGCCAUGUGCUGCACCCUGAGAGUGGCCUGGGCUACAAGGACCUAGACCUGGUGUUCCGCGUGGACCUGCGCAGCGAGGCGUCCUUCCAGCUGACCAAGGAGGUGGUGCUGGCCUGCCUGCUGGACUUCCUGCCGGCCGGGGUGAGCCGGGCCAAGAUCACGCCACUGACGCUCAAGGAGGCGUACGUGCAGAAGCUGGUGAAAGUGUGCACGGACACGGACCGCUGGAGCCUCAUCUCGUUGUCCAACAAGAGCGGCAAGAACGUGGAGCUCAAGUUCGUGGACUCGGUCCGGCGCCAGUUUGAGUUCAGUGUGGACUCCUUCCAGAUCAUCCUGGACUCCCUGCUUCUCUUUGGCCAGUGCUCGUCUACGCCCAUGUCUGAGGCCUUCCACCCAACGGUGACAGGUGAGAGCUUGUACGGGGACUUUGCCGAGGCGCUGGACCACCUGCGGAACCGCGUCAUCGCCACACGCAGCCCCGAGGAGAUCCGCGGUGGCGGCCUCCUCAAGUACUGCCACCUCCUGGUGCGGGGCUUCAGGCCGCGGCCCAGCACCGAUGUGCGCGCCCUGCAACGCUACAUGUGCUCCCGCUUCUUCAUCGACUUCCCAGACCUGGCGGAGCAGCAGCGCACGCUGGAGCGCUACCUGGAGGCUCAUUUCAGCGGGGCCGACUCAGCCCGCCGCUACGCCUGCCUGGUGACGCUGCACCGGGUGGUCAACGAGAGCACCGUGUGCCUCAUGAGCCACGAGCGUCGCCAGACGCUGGACCUCAUCGCCACGCUGGCGCUCCAGGCGCUGGCUGAGCAGGGCCCCGCCGCUGCGGCCGCCCUGGCCUGGCGCCCCCCGGGCCCCGACGGGGUUGUGCCUGCCACUGUCAGUUACUACGUGACUCCUGUGCAGCCUCUGCUGGCUCGGGCCCACUCCUAUCCCACCUGGCUGCCUUGUAACUGACUCAGACCCUCGCCACAAGGGACUGGGCCUUCCCUGAGGGAGUGGGGCCUCCCGGAGUGUGGAGAGGAGGUGACCAGAGACAGGCGGCCGCUGCCAAGUGGCCCCGCACCGCUGCAGGGUUGGGCCUCCUACUAAACAGAAGAGACCCCCACUCAUCCCCGAGUGAGGCCCCCGUGGGCUUAAGGCCAAGCUGGGAUUCUUGGUAGACAGAACCACACUUUUGGACCAGCAUGGUUGUGGGGUGCAGGGGCUGUUUUGUCUUGGGGGCCAAUUGCCCUCAGGACACGAAGCAUGUUUGGGGCGAUAGCCUCCAUGCUCAUCGUCUUAGGUAGAUUUCUGCGGCCUAGGAAGGUCUUGGGUUGGUUUCCGUGGCCUAAAAAGGGUCUUUUCGGCUACGGCCAGCCCGCAGUGAUCCCUGCAGCCCACACAAUGACCAAAAUAUGGUAUGGUAUGUGAACUACUCGCUUCGGGUUGGGCCGGACCCCUAACAAGGCCUGGCCAUCCAACCUGGCUAAUCACCGGGAGGAGGAAAACUGAGGCACGACGCAGAUACCUGGGUUUGCAGAGGGAUAGGUUUAGCCCAGUCCCCAAACACCCCCACCCCAAGCUGUCAAGGUGUACAGUGGGCAGGAGCUAGGCCGCUGGGGGGGUGGGGGGGUGGGGGCGGGACACACUCCAGGUCCCCUCUGGGGUGUUGUUCCCUUCCCGUGUGUUGUGAGGAUCCCUCCUGCCUAGGAGCCUGUUGUCCGAAGGGUGCUGGACCCAAAGUGGCCACAGCCAAGUGCUCUCCCCCACUGGCCUGGUUAUGGGUCCCCACUUGGAGGAAGGGGAACCAUGCCCCACCCCCUUUCCGAUCCCUCUGGAUUUGUCACCAUUUUGCACUCUGAACACCUGCCAAUAAAGAUUGUCUACACUGAGCCUAGCA